UCCAGAACAGAUCUAUUGUUUCUCAGGAUUCAGUGGGCACCGUCGCCUCGUCAUACGUGGCUUUUAAUUUCACGAAGCUCAACGCAUUUAGUUUUAACUUGCAGUCCGGAAAUGAAAGCUGGUUCACUCUGGAUUCGCAGAAGUGCUUCUUUCAAAUAAGAAGAAGGCUGUCAUCUGAAGACACACUUCCCCUGGGGUUACCGACAUGAAGUGUGUUUUAACUGGUAACAUCAUACACGUCACACGGUGCUUUCUUCUGCUAGGUUAAUUCCAGCUUCAGAGGCCCUUCAGCUGUAAUGCCACAUUGUCUAAGACUGAUGCUAGCACACAUUGUCUAAUCUCCGGUCGCUUACUUUGUGUGCACUUUGAUCCUAAGUGACACGGUGACAAUCAGGUGCUUGUCAAAUGGCUACAGUCUCAGCGAACCGGCAGUAAGAUGUUUGAUGGCCUGAUUACUCGGUGUGUGUUUUUUAAUCCCAGUUUGUUUUAAACAACUUUUGGAUGGAAUUACUGUUUAAGCGUGUCCUGCUCAAGAAGGAGGUGCUCUUUAGGUGGCGACGGACAAAGUAGCAGGCAAGCUGAGUUCGACUCUUUCAUGGGUGAAGAACUCAGUGUCACACACGGUCAGUCAGAUGGCUAGCCAGGUGGCCGCUCCGUCCUCACUGCACACGGUGGUGGGAUCCUCCACCGUCUCCCUGUCCUCGCCCGGCCUUUCUCCGUCAACUCCGUCCUCCAACCAGCUUAGCCCGGAUGAAGUGGAACUACUCGCCAAGCUUGAGGAGCAGAACAGGUUGUUGGAGACUGACAGUAAAUCCCUGCGUUCGGUAAACGGCUCUCGCAGGAACAGCGGCUCCUCGCUGGUGUCCAGCUCCUCGGCCUCUUCCAACCUCUCGCACCUAGAGGAGGACUCGUGGAUCUUAUGGGGCCGCAUCGUCAACGAGUGGGAGGAGGUGCGCAAGAAAAAGGAGAAACAGCUCAAGGAACUGGUCAGGAAGGGUAUCCCACAUCACUUCCGUGCGAUAGUGUGGCAGCUUCUCUGUAGCGCACAGAAUCUGCCCAUAAAGGACCAGUACUCAGAACUGCUGAAGAUGACGUCUCCUUGCGAGAAGCUGAUCCGCAGAGACAUCGCCCGCACAUACCCCGAGCAUGAGUUCUUUAAGGAGAAGGACAGCCUGGGGCAAGAGGUGCUCUUUAAUGUCAUGAAGGCCUACUCACUGGUGGACAGGGAAGUGGGAUAUUGCCAGGGGAGUGCCUUCAUUGUCGGCUUGCUGCUCAUGCAGAUGCCAGAAGAGGAGGCAUUCUGUGUGUUUGUAAAGCUCAUGCAGGAUUACCGUCUGAGGGAACUGUUCAAACCCAGCAUGGCGGAAUUGGGUCUCUGCAUGUACCAGUUCGAAUGCAUGAUUCAGGAGCAGCUACCUGAACUGCACAUACAUUUCCAGGCCCAGAGUUUCCACACCUCCAUGUAUGCAUCAUCCUGGUUUCUCACCAUCUUUCUCACCUCCUUUCCUCUCCCUGUUGCUACAAGAAUCUUCGACAUAUUUAUGUGCGAGGGUUUGGAGAUAGUGUUCCGUGUGGGCCUGGCAAUCCUUCAGAUGAAUCAAGCUGAGCUCAUCCAGCUGGACAUGGAGGGCAUGUUACAGUACUUUCAGAAAGUCAUCCCUCAUCAGUUGGACAGCGGACCAGACAAAGUGAUCCAGGCCGCCUAUCAGGUCAAGUACAACGCCAAGAAGAUGAAAAAGUUAGAGAAGGAGUACACUACUAUAAAAUCUAAGGAAAUGGAGGAACAGGUAGAGAUAAAGAGACUUCGGACAGAGAACAGGCUGCUGAAGCAGAGAAUAGACACCCUGGAGAAAGAAAGUGCUUCCUUGGCAGAUAGAUUGAUCCAGGGUCAGGUGACACGAGCACAGGAGGCUGAGGAGAAUUACCUGGUCAAGCGGGAGCUGGCCACAGUGAAACAGCAGAGCGAGGAGGUCAGCACGCAGCUCAAGCAGGCCCAAAGCACCAUCAGACAGCUCCAGCAGCAGGAGCAGCCUGUGAAGGGGAACCGUCGCUACUCUGAAGAGUCCAUCCUACAGUUGGAGAGAGAGCUGGUCCAGGCGCGACUCAAAGAGGCAGAGUCUCAGUGCGCCCUCAAAGAAAUGCAGGACAAAAUACUUGAAAUUGAGCAGAGGAACACGUCACUGCCAGAUGAGAGUAACGUGGUGCGUCUUCAGGACGAGCUGAUUGCUGUAAGGAUAAGAGAGGCUGAGGCUCUGACAGGACUCAAAGAACUAAGACAGCAAGUCCGAGAUCUUGAGGAGCACUGGCAGAGGCACUUGGCACGGACUGCUGGACGCUGGAAGGACAGUCCACGGAAGAACUCGGCAAAUGAACUUCAGGAUGAGUUAAUGAGCGUUAGACUACGAGAGGCAGAGGCCCAAGCAGAGCUUCGGGAGACCAGGCAGAGACUCCUGGAAGUGGAGACACAGAACCAAAUCCAUAGCAACCAGUUGCGGCGAGCUGAACAAGAGAUGCGCAGUUUGCAUGAACGUCUGCAGAUUUUGAGCACACAGAAUAAACUGCUGCACUCAGAGCUGCAAGAGUCCAAACGCAAGCAGGCAGAGAUUGAGUGUAAGAAUAAAGAGGAGGUGAUGGCAGUCAGAUUAAGAGAGGCCGAUAACAUGGCUGCCAUGGCUGAGCUCCAGCAGCAGAUCUCUGAAUUGGAGAUUCAGAAAGAAGAAGGGAAAGUACAGGGACAACUGAACAACACAGACUCCAGCCAGUACAUCCGAGACCUCAAAGACCAGAUAGCGGAGCUCAAAGAUGAGAUCCGCUGUUUAAAAGGGCAGAGGAGGGGAUUACCCGACUGCACCAAUUUUGAUAGGAUCCACAUCGUCAAUCACUACAGAAGGGACGACGAGUCCUCGGACGAAGACGGUGUGAAGCUACCGCUUAGCAUGAACCCCUGUCGAGGUGGCAGCCGCAUCACACUCCGCCCUCAGCUGGGAGACACAGACAGCGAGGCCGAUGAGGACGGAGAGAGUCUUAGGCUCACGGUGCCCUCCAACAGCAGCCAUAAGAGCACCACUGUGUGACCACCAACACUACCACACACACACACCAGACUGCAGCCUCAGGGGAAGUCGCACUUGAGAGUUCAUCGUCGCAUCCAGAUCUGAAACUGCCAUCUGCUUCUGUACUAGAAAUUCUGAAAUCUUCUGUACAAACCGAGAAUCAGGAUUUUUAUUCACAUCUGCCUUAUUCAUUUUGUUUUUGCCAAAAUGAGCCAGAUGUUUAUAUUACUGAACUUGUCUUUGAAAUUUGGCAAGAAAUUCAGUGGCUUGUUGUGCUCUUUAAAGCCAUACUGGACUGGAGCAAAUACUGAAAGUCCCUAAGACUGUACAGACUCUUUUACACCAUGCUACCAGAGAUGAACAGAUUUGAGUGGUAUAGUAUUUUAUGCUUUAUGAUAAAACGUCAUUCUUCUAAUUUUAACUUUUAUCAUUAUUUUUUUUCUUACAGAAUAAUCAAAAUCCCACGGUGUGCAUUCGUGGGUGUCUGACACAUUAAGGGAUACAAUAUAGGUUUAGGAACACUAUUGCUCAGAUAACCAAACCGCAAAUAAACAUGGAUUAGUGUCAUAUCAACCAACAACAAUAACUAUUUUUUUAAUCAUAGCAUGAAGUACGUCUAAUGGCCUUUGACUUUAUGUAAAAAGCAGCUUAUCAAAGAUCUCACUUGGAUCUCCACUUGUUUUGCAUCUCCAUUCUUUUGACUUGAAAAUAUGUAUGUAUGUAUGUAAUAAAUUUCAUAUCCUGGAUGUACAGUGUACAAUUCAGUGGAAAGGGACAUGAUCAAUGCUUUUGGGAGAUGUUUGAAUGCAACACCGUGCUUAUUUCAAUGUUCUCACUGUACUGUAUCCAAGUCUUGAUUUAUACCAUGGUUCAUACUCUGUGUAUCACACUUUCUUCGUUCUUUUGCCUGGAAAGACGUUAUCGAUGUCUUUAUCACGUUUUUUUACAGCAUGUUUAAAAAGAGCACGUACCACAUUUUAGAGUAGUUUCACAAAAACCAAGUAGCAAGCAGACUCUGAAGUCAUCAUAGUGAGUUUCUGUUUUUGACACAUGACACAUUCAUGUUCAGCACAUUUUGUUGCACCUUUGCACAGAACAUACAGAGAGCUCCAGACGUGUCUGACACUGACGGUCGAUUUGGGUCUCUGCUCUAGCACUUGGGAUUACAGAUGCCAGUAGUUAAUGCUGGAUUUACUGUCAGUUACAGAAAUGUAGUGUGUGGUUUGUGUUAUGACCUCCAUUUCAGGCCCUUUUUAAUAGUGAUUGUGUAUAAUGAAAUUCUCAAGUGUGUAUAUAGAAUUUUUUUGGUUCCUUAAAAAACUGUUCCCCAGCCAGGGCAAAAUAGACCAGUGUUCUGUAUAAUAAAGUGCCACCUAGUUACCGUAUAGCUACUUUGCUGUACUUUCCCCUUCAUCUUAGGAAUUGCUCUGCUGCUACUCCUGUUGAAGACUCAAUCAGAUUUCCAAGUUCCUGCCAUAACACUAAUGUCCCCUAUGUUUUCUUUUUAUUUUAUUUUAACUUGACCACAGGCUUAUCCAUCCACACCAUGUUCAAAACCUCACCUCCUCCUUGUAGCACUUUGCUUUAAAAACUUACAACCCUUGCUUUGGUUCUCAAGACCUUUUGUGCUUUGAUAUAGUUGUACAAUCUGUGUUUUUUUUUGCAUGUGGUGAGUUGUCAUGUUGCUGCUUGCACUAGUGGUUUUUCUUUUUAUUCAUGCAAUAAACAGAUAAUUCUGGUAA